AUGCCAAAAGCUGGAAAACGACACCCCGAGAAACGACGAGAGACCGAUGAAGCAACUCUCGAGCGCGAGAGGGCCAGCGGGAACGAGCUCUGGGGCGUCUACAUCUCUGAGGCGGAGAGCUACGAUCGAGGUCUCAUCGAUGGCUGGCGCAGCGAGAUGGAUGGACUACUGAUCUUUGCCGGUCUCUUCUCUGGCGUCAUCACGACUUUCAUUAUCGAUAGUUAUAAGACGCUGAACCCCGAUUCGGGCAGCCAGACUGUCGUACUGCUCACCCAAGCGGUUGCACUCCUCGGCCAGAUCUCGCUCCAACUCGCGAACAUGAACAAUGGGACUGCAAUGGCAGACGCACUGCCUCCCGCCGCUGCCUUCUCGCCCCCGGCCUCAUCUCUCGUCUGCAACGCUCUCUGGUUCACGAGUCUUGCACUCAGCUUGUCGAGCGCCCUUGUCGCGACUCUGGUCAAGCAGUGGGCUCAGGAGUACCAGCACCGCACAUCCAUGUUCUCCUCCCCCUCCAUCCGGUCCCGUGUGUACAUGUAUCUCUACUACGGAUUGCGACACUUCAAUAUGCAUGCCGUUGUCGGCGUUCCCCCGCUUCUCCUGCACGGGGCAUUACUUCUGUUCUUUGCGGGUCUAGUCGCAUUUCUUGUGCCUGUCAACGUCAUUAUCAUGGGCAUCUCUUCCGCUCUUCUGCUCCUGUUUGUCUCGGCCUACGGAACGUUCAGUGCACUCCCGCUCUUCUUCUUCGACUGUCCGUACCAGACGCCACUCACAUCCAUCUUGUGGUCGCUGAAUCAGAGUUUGGGAAGUUUAUUGAGGGCUCGUCUAUGGAGGGCAGUGGCUGUUUGCAAGGCCUUCACUAACGAACGAAUCCCGGUGACAGACGCCGAGCAAGCCGCCGAAUCUCCUGUGACGAACCCCGAUGCCCCUGCCGAGCCUUCUGCGCCUGCAGACACUCGUCCGCAGUCGCAGAGCAUGGUGGACGCCGUAAAAUCAGAAGCACUGCAUCCCACUGUCGAGACGGAGACCCGGGCACUUGCAUGGGCCGUCCGGUCUCUCUCUGACGAUGACAAGCUUGAGCGACUGGUCGAGGGGCUCCCCCAGACGCUGUGGGAUUUCGAUCAAAAUCAGCCUCGCGGCGUGUAUCAGGCACUGUCCAAGACGUUGUUGCAGGAUCCGGAAGUCCGUCUCUGCCAGCGUCUUGCUGAUUUCAUGGCUGGCUCCAACAGCAAUCUGCUCGAGGAAAAGGACCGCCUCCGCCGCCAGCUGUCCGUGCUCCGGGCCAUCUGGGCCAUCUGCGCGUUCUCCCUUCACACGGGGUCACCUCUGCAAAGUCCAAUUGGAGCAGUCGACGUGGACAACGCGCUGCUUGGCUCCAAAUUCCACGAUUCUCCCGACGUGCAGAGCAUGCUCCCCGCCGUGGCCGCUCUGAUCCGUCUCAAUGUGAUCGAGUCUCGGAGCCGGGAACAGGCCUCCACACACCAGAGCAGCUCCGACGGGGAUAUCCGUGCCGACGCGGAGGAGCGACGGCAAGCGGACAUGCAUCACACGUAUGUGGAUUAUCUGAAGGCACUGUCCAGAUGCACUGUCAGCUUCCAACGGGACGUGACCAAUUCGCUCUUCUAUCGGUAUAAAAUGCACUUCACGGAAGCAGAUGGCUACAAAACUCUGCAUUAUGCUCUCAUUCACCUGAUCACUCCAGGAUCAGACGAGACAGCGGACAAUGCCGUCUUUGCUGCUCGCCAGAUGAUCACCCCGUUUGCUCAGACAUCGGAUUAUCCGCAGUGGCUGUAUUCCCCCCGUCUUGGGCGGCUCCUUGUCCGACAUCCGUCCCUCGCCGCCUCCGAGCCGGACUCUGACUCACAGCCUGCUCCGAUGCACCAUUACACCCGAUUCCUUUGCCACAAGCUAUGCUGGGACUUGCAGCUUCAAAUCGAGCCCCAGUCAUCCGUCGACGCCCUCCUGCUCAUUUAUCAGAAUUUGCUCAAGUCUGAUGAGCCACCAAGAGACCUCGCUACCCAUCUUUUGGUCCUACGCACUCUGCGGACUCGAGCAGCCGAAAUCCACACGCAUCGCUUGGUUGCCAUUGUUCAGCGCCUCGUGCUCGACAGUGUCUCGCCAGAUUUGUCGGAAUGGCAGCGAUUGCCGAGUAUCUUCGAGGACGAGGACUGGUUCCGCUCCGCGCUCGGCCUCGACAGGGAUAAGCGGGCGGAGCAGGCAUCGGCACAGCAAAUUCACGACGGUGGAGUUGUGGGUGUGUUCACCACCUUUUUCGAGCAGUGCGCUGCCCGUAGUCCGGAUCAAACAGAGCACGACCUGGACUUGGCAACGCUCGAAGAGGUACACCGCACAGUCAGGAACAUUGCUUCGGUGAUCCCGAGCAAACUGCAAUGUCGAUUCGCCAACGCCGCCGCCGCUUUCAUCCGCAAACAUCCAAAGGACUGUCUUGUGGGUGGGAUGGGGCUCUUCUGGAUGCUAUACUAUGCCGUCAAUGAGGACGAGGGGUGGAUGACCAAUGUGGAUGCAUUGCGCGUCCUGGACGCGGCUGUAUCGGAGGUGCAGGCGGACGAUCAGCAGCGAUCACACCAGGGAAAUACUCAAUCAGCGAUCCGCCGACACAUGCAGGAGCGGCUCCUUUUUCCCGAGGACAUUUUCGCCGCAUUUGCCUCGUUCGUGAGUGACUGGGAGUGA